UGUACACAGAGUAAAACAAAAAACACCAAAAAAAUACAACCAAAAACAGAGUACUAGAAGAAUUAAUUCCGUUUGUUUAUUUAUUUUUUUUUAAGAAAAUUUUAAAAUUAAAAAAUCAGAAAUCAUGCAAAAACCGUCGGAUCAGAUAUUCACAUGCGGCUUUGAGAUAUUUGGCAAAGUCCAGGGUGUACGUUUGCGUAGAGAAACACGCGAAUUGGCCACACUGAACAAUGUACGUGGCUGGGUGAUGAAUACCGAUCAAGGAACGGUCAAAGGUCAAUUGGAGGGCACACUGCCCCGGGUCAAUGAACUGAAAUUCUGGCUUCUUAACUUUGGCAGUCCUCGCUCAAUUAUCGAGAGGGCCGAAUUUACGCCCACCAAAGAGAUAACGGCACGCAAUUUCAAUGCAUUCACCAUACGCUAUCGUUCCGAUCAAUUUACCUGCUAAAAAGAGAGAGAGAGAGAGCAGGAGAGAGAAGGAGAUGCAGGAUGAGCAAAAUUUUCUGUGCUUCCAAUCAAUGUUAUUAGUCAAAUCAUGUAAUAAAUGGUAGCCAAGUUUUUGCGACGAGAAUUCUCUACAAGUCGUCGUCCCACAGCAAAACAGCUACUAAUUAAGCAAUACAAAGAAAUUUAUAUAGGAUAUACAUAUAUAUAUAUAUAUAUAUAUAUGUAUGUAUAAAUAUAUUUAUAUAGCUAUCUUUGUGUGUGGGGACGAAUUGUAGACACCUGCAGCAGCAGCAGCAGCAACCUCAUAGCUUGGCUACAUUUCCAGUUGAGCGCCGCCCCAAACUGGCAAUGA